CGACGGAAGGAACGGGAGGAGCUUAGGCGAGGCCGGGGAAGUUUGGCCUCAAGGAUGGCAGAGAGGUUUGGCGGUAAAUUAUUGAGCCGUAUUGCCAAUUCCCCGAGUAUCGGCUCGAUCCUCCAUGGAUGGUGAAAGCUAUCCCGCGUGCUUAGAUGGGAUAGACUAUGACGAUUUUCAGUUUGGUGCUCAUUUGAUUGAGCAGAAAGAACUGUUCAUGGAGACAGUUGAAGGCCCGUUUCUCACUAUAAUUGAACAGCCAAAACAGAGAGGUUUCCGGUUCCGUUAUGGCUGUGAAGGGCCCUCACAUGGUGGGCUGCCUGGAGCAUCUAGUGAGAAGGGGCACAAGACUUAUCCCACUGUCAAGAUCUCUAAUUACACUGGACUGGCUAGGAUAGAGGUGGACUUGGUGACACACACUGAUCCUCCACAAGUGCAUGCUCAUAGUCUUGUGGGAAAACAAUGUAAUGAAGCCGGCAACUGCAUUAUGAUGGUGGGCCCAAAGGACAUGACUGCCCAAUUUAAUAACCUAGGUGUGCUCCAUGUGACUAAGAAAAACAUGAUGGAGGUCAUCAAAGACAAACUGCAGAAGCAAAAGAUGCGAAACAGAGUACAGCCUCUAACAGAAUCUGAACAAGAAUUGAUUGAACAAGAGGCGAAAGAGUUGAAGAAGACAAUGGAUCUCAGCAUUGUUCGUUUACGUUUCAAUGCCUAUCUUCGUGAUAGUAGUGGAAACUUCACUUUAGCAUUGAACCCUGUUAUUUCUGACCCGAUUCAUGAUAGCAAGUCUCCUGGAGCUUCCAACUUAAAAAUAUCUCGGAUGGAUAAGACUGCAGGCUCAGUGCGAGGUGGAGAUGAAGUAUAUUUGCUGUGUGAUAAAGUCCAGAAAGAUGAUAUUGAGGUGCGUUUUUAUGAAGAUGAUGAGAAUGGUUGGCAGGCCUUUGGGGAUUUCUCCCCCACAGAUGUGCAUAAACAGUAUGCCAUUGUUUUCCGUACUCCGCCUUAUCACAAGUCAAAAAUAGAUCGUCCAGUCACUGUGUUUCUUCAGUUGAAGCGCAAGCGAGGGGGUGAUGUGAGUGACUCCAAGCAGUUUACAUACUACCCAGUGGUAGAAGAUAAGGAAGAAGUAGAAAGGAAGCGUAAGAAGAUCUUACCCCAGUUCCCCCAGCACUUCGGUGGCGGUGCGCCUAUGGGAGGUGCUGGCGGUGGAGCUGGUGGAUUUGGUUCUAAUGGAGCUGGUAGUCCCUGGCAUUCUUCAGGAUAUAAUCCAUAUAACAACAGCAUCUACAUAUCUGGAUCACAUCCUAUGGGCAACUAUCAGGGUGGAAGAGGUAUCCAAAUGCCCAGAACUGCUAGACUGGAAGAUAGUGAACAUCAUCCUUCAGAAGAUGGCAGUGAUUAUAUUGAACUGCUGCAGCAUGCUCAGGAAUGCAGUUCCUGGAUGCUAAUGGUAGCUCGACGCAGUGCUCAGGCCCUUUUGGAUUACGCAGUUACUGCUGACCCACGUAUGUUGUUGGCUGUCCAAAGACACUUAGCUGCUUGUCAGGAUGAAAAUGGAGAUACGCCUUUGCACUUAGCUAUUAUUCAUGAGCAGACAACUGUGAUUAUGCAGCUGGUCCAGGUGGCUAUAAGUGUUCCUAAUCAACAGAUCAUCAACAUCAAAAAUCACUUACAGCAGACACCAUUACAUCUGGCUGUUAUCACCCAUCAGCCAAGGGUGGCUGGUUUCUUACUUCAGGCGGGAGCAGAUCCCACUUUGCUGGAUCGAUAUGGCAACUCAGUUGUGCAUUUGGCUAUACAUUUGGAUGAUGAAGUGAUGUUGAAGACUCUUCUCUGUCAUUUGGGCCCCCAGACUCUCCCACUUCUUGAGAUACCUAACUAUCUCGGUCUUUUCCCCGUGCAUCUUGCUGUGAAGUGUGCAAACCUAGCCUCUCUUGAGUUGCUGGUUGAGAAAGGAGCUGAUGUGAACGCGGCCGAAUGGCAGAGUGGACGGACACCUUUACAUUUAGCCGUUGAAAUGGAUAAUCUUAACAUGGCUGCAUGCUUGAUAAAGAAGCUGGGAGCUGACGUAAAUGCUCAGACGUCUGCUGGGAAUACACCCCUUCACUUGGCAGCAGGAUUGGGCUCUCCAAUUCUUACAAAGAUGCUAAUCAGUGCGGGAGCAGAUAUUUUAUGUGAAAAUGAUGAGCCCAUUUUGGACCCUUCAUCCCAACCAAACAGUGACGUUGAGCUGGACGAAGAGGAAUGGGUCACAGAAACGGGAGAGACUGGUGGUGAACUGACUAAGCAAGGCCUGGAUUAUAUUCCCGUAUUGGAGAAUGAACAGUCCAAAACACGUGAAACAAAUCAGGGUCGAGGACAUACCCCACUCGAUCUGACUUGUAGCCAGAAGGUAAGAGAGAUACUACUACAAGUUUUAAAACAGGAUGCUGGAAAGAAGCAGGCUGGUAUUUCUUCUGCGCAUAACCAAGGUAACAUCCUACUUUUGAAUAACGAUGUUCUUCAGAGACUAGAGAAGCUCUUAAACCAGGGCUGCCAAGGGGCAAAUUGGACAGAAUUGGCCAAGAAAUUAGGUCUCUGCAGUUUAGUGGACAUGUACAAAGACACAGUUUCCCCCAGCAGAAGACUCCUACUCAGCUACGAGAUUUCUGGUGGCAGUCGUGAAGGUUUGUUGGAAGCACUUGGCUCUAUGGGACUGACAGAAGGUGUGAGUUUACUACAGAGAUUAGAGACUUUUGACAAGCUACAAAGUGCAGAGCUGAAAGAAGACAGCGCUUACGGCAGUCAAUCAGUGGAAGCGGAACCAGCAGCUUUAUCCGGGAAACUACAACCUGCCCCAUUGCUGGAGCCACCUUCUCCCUUGCCUCACAAUCAGCAAGAGCAAGUGCACUGAUACUAGAUGAACAUCAGGAGAAAAUGAGUGUUGGUGCUUACGCAUACGCCUCUCAAGAGUCCGGGAUACUGUCAUCAAUGAGACUUGCUGUACAGUCUGGGUCAUUCCCAUUUUUUCAUGGCCAGUCUGCUGCCUAUAUUAGCCAACUAUAAAUGUGGAGAAAUGUGGAUGUGUAGUCCAAUAUCAAGCUCUGAUCCAGGCCUGCUCACAUUCUAGAAUGUUUUUAACUAUGGUUCCCCUCAUAGUGAGGAUUUGUUUGACAAUGAAAGCUGCCUGGGGGGGCAAAAUUGGAUUUCAUUGAUCCAUGCAGACUGGGAUGUUAUAAAUUAGUUAAACUGUUCUCUUGACUACAGUUUAGUAACUAUUAGGAGAUGCCAUUGUUCAUGAGAAUGCUUCUAUCAGCAGUUUCGAUAUACACCCUGCCCAGUUUUUUGGUACCAGAUAACUGCUUCCUUUCACAUUCCUUAUUCAAAGAAGUCUUCUAUUGCAGAAUGCGUUCAAUGGGGAGAUAACUCAGUUUACUGUUUAUUGAUGAUUUAAGCUACUCUGAUUGUGUGCCAAGAAGAUAGCUAUAUAAAUUGAUCACACAAAAUAAACUGGUUUUUAUAGCAUUCCAGUGAUGCUAAUUCUCCCAAUAAGAAUAAACUCACUAAUGCGUUUGAUGAGGGGGAUAACACCGUUUACUGUUUAUUGAUGAUUUAGGCUGCUCUGAGUUGUGUGCCAAGUAGGUAGCUAUGUAAGUUGAUUACAUAAAAUAAGAAUAAGAAUUCUCCCAGU